AUGCCUGUGCUGGUUGUUGAGGAAGGAAUUGUUGCUGUGUUGGUGAUAGUUGCAACUGAUGAGAAAAGAAUUGUUGUUGUUGUGGUGGCAGUUGUUGUGGUUGUUGAGGAAGGAACUGCUGUUGCUGUUGAGGUGGUGGUCGUUGUUGUUGCUGAGGAAGGAAUUGCUGCUGUUGUUGCGGUGAAUAGAACUGAGAUUGUUGCCAGUUUUGCCAUCUGUUGUAGAACUGCUGUGGCGGUGGCUGCUGCGAUUGAAAGAACUGCUCUCUUCCUUGUUGGAAGUUUUGUCCAUACCCGACGCUGA